AAUUCACGUACUAUGUUUAUUGAUAUUGUACUAACUGCCACGAAAUCGAAACUAGAACACUUUUUAUGACAGAUAUCGAUAAAGUGAAAAUUUCGGUUUUUAAAGAAAGGUUAUGGUGGUUGAAGUUUGUUUCACUGCCGGUAUCGGUUCUGUUACUUGGUUUCAUUGUUUGCCUGACAGUGUAUACUCUGAUUGGAGAGACAUGGGAUAGACCAGGGAAAAAAGUACCAGAUCCAGCUCAUAUGCAAAAUACUGAGAACUCGCUUAUAUGGGCUGUCAACAUUGAAAGAAACAAUAAUGACGAUAUUGACAAAAUUGCGAAUGACCUUGACCUAAUUAACUUAGGUCAAGUCGGUGAACUUCACAAUCAUUAUUUAUUUGCUCACAAAUUACACGCUAAUUUCUCAGGAAGUAAAACAGUAUCCACUGUGCAUAGACAUCAUUCAGAGCUCCAUAGUAAGGAGAAAAUUGCUGAAAAAAUGAGGGAUAUUGAGGCAAAAUUAGAUAAACAUGAUGAUAUUAAUUGGUAUUCACAUCAGAAAGUGUUGUCACGAGGAAAAAGAUUUCUAGGGUUUCAGGUGCCUUAUAUGGAUUUCGAAGACCCAUUUUACAGAAAGCAGUGGCAUUUGACAAAUUCAUGGGAAUUAGGUAUGGAUAUAAAUGUGACAGGUGUGUGGAAGCAUAAUAUCACAGGAUCAGGUGUAACUGUAGCUGUGGUGGACGAUGGUUUGGAGUGGAACAACCCAGACUUACUAGAGAACUAUAACAAAGAAGCAAGCUAUGACCUAAAUGAUGGGGAUAGUGAUCCAACUCCAAACACAAACAAUAAGAACAACCAUCAUGGUACAAGAUGUGCAGGUGAGAUCUCUGCAGUGCCUAAUAAAGUAUGUGGUGUUGGUGUGGCCUAUCGUGCAAAAAUCUCCGGAUUAAAACUUCUGGAUGGGCCUCUGACAGACAGUAUGGAAGCUGAUGCUUUCACAAAGUUCUUCCAGAUCAAUGAUAUAUACAGCUGCAGCUGGGGACCUGAUGAUGAUGGGAAGACUGUAGAUGGACCACACAUACUUGCUGCAGCUGGAAUGAAGCAUGGCAUAGAUUUUGGUCGCAGUGGUUAUGGCAGUAUCUAUGUGGUUGCUAGCGGUAACGGAGGCCAAGAAGGGGACAACUGUAACUAUGAUGGUUAUGCCAACUCGCUGUACACUGUAACUAUAGGUGCUGUAGAUGAGACAGGACAUAUGCCUUUCUACUCCGAGGAGUGUGCCUCCAUGUUGGCUGUCACAUUCAGCAGUGGUGCUUGGGGACAGACCAGAGAUAUAGUAACGACAGAUUGGCUUGCUCACAAGGAGUCUGUGAAAGGAUGUACGGAGCACCACAGUGGCACAAGUGCAGCUGCACCAAUAGCUGCUGCUCUGAUAGCACUCAUGUUAGAUGUACAGCCGUGUCUUACCUGGAGAGAUAUACAGUACCUUAUUGCUCUCACUGCGCUCAAGGUAGAUAUUGAUGUGGCUCACUGGCAGAAGAAUGGAGCGGGACUCUGGCACUCACAUAAACAUGGCUUUGGUCUCAUGAAUGCCUGGAGGCUUGUCAAUGCAGCUAAGGUUUGGGACCAGGUGCCUUGGCAAACAUCGUUUGAACACAGUGAAAAACAUGUUGCUAUUCCAAUAACUAAAGGAGCUUCAAAUCCCCUUGAACUCACUUACACAGUGACAGAGUCAGAUGCUAAUGGAUUUGACUUGUAUAUACUUGAGACUGUACAAGUGACCUUGACCUUAGAUCAUCCAUGUAGAGGUAAUCUGGACUUCAGGGUGAAGAGUCCACAUGGUACAAUGUCUGUGAUUGGUGCAUCAAGACCACAUGAUGACUCGUCACUUGGAUUUGAUGGUUGGACAUUUUCUACAGUGAGAUGCUGGGGAGAGUCACCAGUUGGUACAUGGACAAUAAUCAUCCGAGAUUCAGAUAAAUGGGGCAGAUAUGGAAUGGGAACAUUACGUAGCUGGACAUUGAAGUUGUUUGGUACACCCAUGGCACCAAAGGAGUUCCAACGCAGAAAAAGUUUGGUGACCGAGGCCCUGCAUGGAGGAUUUUUAAACAGUACAGGUAGAUGUAUACCACCUCCUGUAACAGCACAACCAGAUGCCAUCAUGUCUGUUAGAAUACUGAAGGUGAUUGCAAUGAGUGGAAUCCUGUGUUUUUUAUUUGCUGUUUACGAGUCUUGUGAAUAUUUAUUUUGCUACAAUGAUGAGAAGAAAGAACAAUCAAAGUACAUGAAACUGCUGAAACGAGCUCACAGAUUGGCUAGAGAACAUAUAUAUAACCAGCCAAGUCAAACAGAAACUACCGGGUUGCUAAGCGACAACAUUCCCAUGCAAACAUUCCGAACUACUGAACCUGAAAGGUCAGGGUCAGCAGGUGCUCAUAGCGGGUCUAUGGGUACAACUAUCAUUCCAGAACGGACAGGUGACCUUGGUGAAGGUCAAGUUGAAAGGUCAAGUGACAAUAGAGGUCAAGUUGAAAGGUCUGAUACAGAUGACUCUCUGUUACAGCUUGGUACAUGUGAUGUUGAAAUACAUAACUGUAAUGAUGAAGAUAUUUCUAGAAAUCCAUUUUAUACAUUAAAUGAUGACUGUGAAAUAAACACUUCCGACUCAGCUGUGGUAGGGGAAAAUGGGUCAGCACAUUCCCUCCUGAGUGGUACUGGUGCUAAAGGUGAAGGUCACUCUAUCAGUGAUAAACUUACAGCAUUACAGGCCAAGGUCAUGGCCAGGAAACAGACCAAAAAUGGUUACAGUCUCUUACAGAAUUGUUCCGAUGAAUCAGAGACAGAACUUUAACUAUGCAGAAGGAAACUGGUUAUGUAUUUGAUCAUAACUGACUUGAGAUUUUGAGAGUUAUGUAUAGUUAUGCAUACUAGGCAUGUUUGAGAAGUUUGUGGAUUCUUUCUAUCAGUAGGAGGUUGUAAACAAACAUCAUGGUUAUUGUAUAUAAAAUGCCUUGACAUUUUUAUUUGUUUUGCAUAUAUCAUUUUCAAGUGAAACACAUUGCAUUUUCACCCACCUCCCUGCAAAUGAAAGUCAGUGGGAUAUAUAGUAAUGGUCUCUACCUGUCGUGUAUACUCCCCUCUGUUCAAAACACUUUUUUCAGGAGCAUUACUCAAAAACCAUUAAAGGGAUAUUGUUAAACGAAGGAUAGUGAAAGGAAAGAGCACUAUAAUGAUACUUCUGUCUUGUUUACUUUUGAGUUAUCUCCCUUUAUUUCAUUUACUGGCAAAACUGUGUAGGGAAUUGUGCCUUGAACAAGAACCAUAACUCUACCUUGCUGACUAUGAACGAUCUCCCUUUAAUCCUUGUCUGGGGCAUAAAGAAAAAUUUAUUCACACUGCAUAAAAUGAUAGAGAACGUGAAGAGAAGUGUACUGCACAAAAAGUAUAGUUCUAUCUAACUCAUUUUUUUUUUUCAAUUUACUAUCUUAAUUUAAUUAACUGAUAACAGUUGUUCAGAGAGCAAACUUGAAAACUAUAGAGGGAAUUUUGUUAUAGCUUUACACAAAAACAGUCCUUUGGGUCCAUUGGGAGGAUGUGCAGUAUACAAGACCCAUAACUCCACUUUACUUACGUUUUGAACUAUCUCCCCUCAAUAAAUAUUUUUGAAACUUAACAAACAUUUGCUUCAGCAGGGGGAUGGCCAUAUCCAACUUAGCUCUUGUUUUAUUUUGAAGUCCACAAGCUUCCAGAAAAGCAUUCUUGCCUACUAUAGAAUAUUCCAGUAAGAAGUGAUGUAUGAUGUACCAAAAUCCAGAAUGUAUGCAUUUUCUCAGUAUUUAGAUGUAUACAUGCAACAUUUAGAGCUUUAAAGUAUGUAAAUUUACUUGUAGCUAGAUACCUGAUUAUGUAGAUUUAAAAGUUUCAGCAGGUAUUUAUAACUACAGUUUAAACUCAGUAUUUCAAACUCACUUGUAAUUCAGAAAAAAAAAUCCCAUUGAAAUGCCUUCUAAUUGUAUCUAUUUUGACAUUGUUUAAAUCAAAUUUGUCAUACUGAAAAUUCAGUUAUGUUAAAGCCAAAUCGAAGCCCAGUUGAUAAAAUACCUUUGUGUUUACAUCUUGUGUCAAAGAUGAAAAAUGAAUUGACUAAUGUAAUAAAAUAUCAGUUUUUGAAUGGAACAGUUUGUAAAACUGUGUUAUUAAAUUGCUUAAGUCUUUUUAUGCCCCCGAAGGGAGGCAUAUAGUUUUUGAACCGUCUGUCUGUCUGUCGGUCUGUCAGUCUGUCGGUCUGUCCGCAAUUUUCGUGUCCGGUCCAUAUCUUUGUCAUCGAUGGAUGGAUUUUCAAAUAACUUGGCAUGAAUGUGUACCACAGUAAGACGACGUGCAGUGCGCAAGACCCAGGUCCGUAGCUCAAAGGUCAAGGUCACACUUAGACGUUAACGGAUAGUGCAUUGAUGGGCGUGUCCGGUCCAUAUCUUUGUCAUCGAUGGAUGGAUUUUCAAAUAACUUGGCAUGAAUGUGUACCACAGUAAGACGACGUGCAGUGCGCAAGACCCAGGUCCGUAGCUCAAAGGUCAGGGUCACACUUAGACGUUAAAGGAUAGUGCAUUGAUGGGCGUGUCCGGUCCAUAUCUUUGUCAUCGAUGGAUGGAUUUUCAAAUAACUUGGCAUGAAUGUGUACCACAGUAAGACGACGUGCAGUGCGCAUGACCCAGGUCCAUAGCUCAAAGGUCAAGGUCACACUUAGACGUUAAAGGAUAGUGCAUUGAUGGGCGUGUCCGGUCCAUAUCUUUGUCAUCGAUGGAUGGAUUUUCAAAUAACUUGGCAUGAAUGUGUACCACAGUAAGACGACGUGUCACACGCAAGACCCAGGUCCGUAGCUCAAAGGUCAAGGUCACACUUAGACGUUAAAGAUCAUUUUUCAUGAUAGUGCAUUGAUGGGCAUGUCCGGUCCAUAUCUUUGUCAUUCAUGCAUGGAUUUUAAAAUAACUAUGCAUGAAUGUGUGACACAGUAAGACGAUGUGUCGCACGCAAGACCCAGCUCUGUAGGUCAAAGGUCCUAAACUCUAACAUCGGCCAUAACUAUUCAUUCAAAGUGCCAUCGGGGGCAUGUGUCAUCCUACGGAGACAGCUCUUGUUUUAAAUAUAUAUUUUUUUUUAAUGUGUAGGAAUAACAGGUUAUGGAAAUAGAUCAAGUGAAAACACCUGCACAAAGAUAUUUUUCAAGUUGAAAUUUUGUGUAUUUUGAAGUUAAAUGCUGGGUCCCAAGGAAUUUGAGAUUCAAAUGUACAGAUAGGAAUGUGUUACAAGAAAUUGAAGAAUACAUAUAUGAUUUUAUGUAUAUUGCACGUGGGGGUAUAAUAUACUUUGUACAUAAUAUUAUAGAUAAUAUUGAAGAUAGGUUUUAGUGUCUUCAUUUUUAGUAGGAAAAUAAUCAUUCUGUGUUAGCAAAUAGGUUGGAUUAGAUUGUAUCAGGGUACAAUUUGAUUUGAUUUAUUUAUAUUUUUUUGCUAAUCAUGUCCACGAUUUGUAAAUUUUGUGGUGGUAUUAUGAUACAUUUUGUAGUAAUUUUAUUCCAACUAUAAAUCCUAUUGUUGAUGUUUAAAGCAAUUGGGAUAUAAGAUUCAAAUAAAAUGAGAUGACAUUUUGUACGAGAGAGUAUAUAAGUUGUCCUUAGAAUUUUGUUCCGUACACUACUGUCUAUUUUGCAACUGGAACUUUUUUAACAGAAGAAUCUUGCUGUUUAUCUCUUCAGGUCAUGGACGCGUAAUCGUAAUUGACGAUUUCUGCUUAAUUACAUAUUCUCAGACCUGUAAUCGUGAUUGAUGAUUUCUGCUUAAUUACAUAUUCUCGGACCUGUAAUCGUAAUUGACAAUUUCUGCUUAAUUACAUAUUCUCAGACCUGUAAUUGUAAUUGACGAUUUCUCCUUAAUAACAUAUUCUCAUUAUGCAGUAUUGAUAUUUCCUGCCUUGUACGGAAAGCCGCUACAGUUAGGACUGUAGAAUACCCAGUUAAAAUUUUGAGAUUACGUAAUUGCACAGAAAUUGCUAAACAUCUAUACGGUUCCAUCACCUUAAUUAUGAAUGUAGCUGUAUAUACACACUUAUUUUUUUAUUUAUUUUGUGAACUUAAAUACAUUUGACAAAGGUUUUCCACAUUUGAAUAAAAUAUUUAAAGAUAAAAUGUUUUAGUGACAGAUGGCCAUUGCAUAUCUAUUUAAGAAUUGUUUAUCAGCUCAUGAAUAUAAGACUUAAUAGUGAUUAAGAGGUGUUUUGGUUACAGUUUUAAAGUCUUCCCACAUUUUUGUGACAUACUUCUGCAUUUCUAAGUAUGACAAAAUAUCUUGUCUUUCAUCAUUAUAUUUUUCAUAUAUAAACUAAUGUAGACAACUUGCUACUACUUUUUCUUGAGAUGUCUCACAUUUUACUCAGACUGUCUCCUUUGAAGUUUGUUUUACUAAUUUUUGACUUACCAAGUUAUCAUUAAUACUGUACAAUACUUUUUGAAGUAUAUUUUGACGGAAAUCAAAUGUCAUUAUUUAUAUUUCCUCGUAUCAUAAAAGAGAAAAAAUUCUAAAGUAUUUAUACUGCUGAUAAAGCUUUUUAUUUUAUGUUUUCCAGUGAAUUAUAGAGUUUUCUCAGUGAAAUAAAAGUGAUAAUCCACAGUUUUGAAACAGUAGAUUAUCAUUUUUAUUUUCACUGUUUUUGCCGAACUUGUUCCGGUCCUCCGUUGCAAUUGAAGUCAAAUUGUAUACUGGGCGUUAUGAAUACCGGGGACCAUAAUGACGAUGACGUCGAUAAAAUGACGUCAUUUGUGUUAUGCUUUCUGUUGAUCUUUCCCGCGAUUUUCGACAUUUUUAUAAAUUAUGCAACAAAAAUAGAGUUUUACACAUGAAAUAAAAAAGAAAAUUUGUUUGUUUCAGUGAAAUAUCAAUUUUAUUUCACUCGUGAGCGCCAAAAAAAAGUCAUUUUCACUCGUGGCUACGCCACUCGUGAAAAUAUCAGUUUUUGAUGCUCACUUGUGAAAUAAAAUUGAUAUUUCACUGAAACAGACAAAUAUCCUCUAUAUAUUGUGUAUAGUAACAGAUUUUGAGUGUGCCAUGAGAAAACCAAUCUGGUCAGGAUUAUAGAAUUAUUAGAAUAAUUAGAAACAAAUGAGUCACACCAUGAGAAAACCAACAUAGUGCGUUUGCAACCAGCAUGGAUCCAGACCAGCAUGCGCAUCUGCGUAGUCUGGUCAGGAUCCAUGCUGUUCGCUUUCAAAGCCUAUUGCAAUUAGAAAAACUGUUAGCGAACAGCAUAGAUCCUGACCAGACUACACAGAUGCGCAUGCUGGUCUGGAUCCAUGCUGGUUGCAAACGCACUAUGUUGGUUUUCUCAUGGUGUGACUCAUUUGUUUCUAAUUAUUGCUUUUAAAAGUUCAGUCAAUUUGCAUAAUCAUUUGAGCCGUGCCAUGAAAAAACCAACAUAGUGGGUAUGCGACCAGCAAGGAUCCAGACCAGCCUGCGCAUCCGCGCAGUCUGGUCAGGAUCCAUGCUGUUCGCUAACGGUUUCUCUAAUUGUAAUAGGCUUUGAAAGCAAACAGCAUGGAUCCUGACCAGACUGCGCGGAUGCGCAGGCUGGUCUGGAUCCUUGCUGGUCGCAUACCCACUAUGUUGGUUUUUUCAUGGCACGGCUCAUUUAUAUUUUAAUUAUCUUUAAGAUAGACUUUAUAAUUGUUUUAUUUUAUGUGCCUGUGGUGAAUUUUGUGUUUUUUGUUAAUUCUUCUAUAAUUGUUUUUACAACAGUUACUUUCUGUUUUAUGUUCAGAAAUCCAUCGGCUGUAUUCUGUGAUAAGAGGUAAUCAUGUAAAAUAAGUUUGUUGUUGUUAUGUUUUUAGCAAGAUUUUAUUAUAUGUUUUGCUCAUUUCACUAGUAUUGUUAUGAAAUUAUAUAUAAAUGUUUUUGGAGAGUUUAAGGAAAUUUUUUUAAAGAGUGGAGGCAGGAUAUAUACAAGAAUUCUAGAAACCACAUACUGUAUAUGUUUUUUGCUAGAAAACUGAAUUGAAAGACCCCAAAGUAGUGUAAAAAUUAUUCAGGUCUGUAUAAUGUAUCCACCAUUAAAUAAACUCUUAUUUUAAAUGGCUGAAAUAGUGUUGAAAUGACUGCUAACUUUAGUCCCACGUUUUUGCUUUAGUUACAUAUUGUCUAGCAAAUUAUCAAAGCACACAACCCCAAGCACACAACCCCAUGUUUUUUAUUUGCUGAAUUUUCUAAGUAUAUUGUGAAGUUUUGAAUAACCAGGAUUUAAUCAAAUUCUACAUUGUAGAAAAGUUUUUACUCCAAACAUGCAGGACUACCUAACUUCAAGUAUUAAUGGAAUUAUAAACUUUAUGUUUUAUCAUUUGCAGUUUAUGCAUGUGUUUUCAAGUUUUUUCUACUAAGGUUUAAUUUCAUAGUUUUGAAACCAAAUACCAGCAAUAUAACGCUAUAUUUUAUUUACAUUUUGAUAUCACCCAAAUAUGUUCAUAUAAAGUUCAUUUUUAUAUGCCCAAAGGGACGUAUUAUGUUAUGACGCCGGUGUCUCUCCAUAGCAAUUUCAUGUCCGCCCUGUAACUCUUAAACCCCUUGAAGGAUUUCGAAGAAACUUGACACAAAUGUUAACUACAUUGAGACGACAUGCAGAGCGCAAGUUUUGGAUGACUCGCAUCAAGGUCACACUUAGGGGUCAAAGGUCAUACCUUCAGGCAUAUAUUGCUCCUCAUUGCGGUGCUCUACAUGUAUAUCCACAAGUAGUAUGUAGUUUUAGAUGGUGCUUUGUUCAAGCUAGUCAGAAUACCUUUUUUAUAUAUACUGGGAAAUUAGUUAAUGUUGUUGAUAUGCAAUUGUAUGGUUUUAGAUAAAACAAAUUCCCAACGGGUGUGUGUGUGUGUGUGUGUGGAGGGGGUGGGUGUUGAGGUGGUAGGGGUGGUCUUCAUCGAGACAAAAAAUUUCAAGGUUUAAAAUAAUUGAAAUGAAAAGUAAAAAAAUUGCCCUGAAUUCUAUUUCUUCAUAUGUAUUUGACUUUUUGAAUUGACACAAGCAUGAAAUCCAAGCAAAUUAGUCGACUUAAACACUAAUGAUUUUACAGUAUAUGAUGUUUAUCUUGCAUUGUUAUAUAUUGUAAUACUGUAUUUCUAAGGAUUUUAUUUUGAUUUAAUUUUACAUGCUGCAAUAUAAAUUAUGUAAAGGCUUUUUUUCUAGAUUUUUCUAUAUAUAAACCCUAGUGCUUUUAAGGGCAUUUGACUGUUAUUUGAUUUUUUGUAUUGUAGAUCUUCUUUACCACAAAUUUUAGCAUAAAUCUGCAGUUUCUUUUCAUUUUCUGUGUGUGGUUUAACAGGAGAGUGAACUUUAACAGUGAGGUUUAAAUACACACUUACUGUUAACUCACCUUUUUUUGAAUAUGCAUGUUCCAUGGCAGAAUAUAAACAUAAUAUGGCCCAGUAAUGCAUAAUUAGAAAUGAAAUGACGAUAUUGUGAUCAGACAUGUACAUUCCCAAGCAUUUCAGGAAAAUUUAUUGAUGCUGAUUGACAUAAUAUUGUAUUUUAAGCUUUUUUCAUGUUUUAUUUUGGAAUUUAUGUAACAUGCUUGUUUCGUGUUUUAGAAGCUGCAGAAUCCAUUUGGAAAUGUUGAAUUCUUCUCCCUGCUGGUCUCAGGCACCAAUCAUGCUGGUCUCGGGCACCAAUCAUGCUGGUCUCAGGCACCAAACACGCUGGUCUCAGGCACCAAUCACGCUGGUCUCGGGCACCCAUCACCGACCAGUUCCUCAGAAUUCUGCAAAUUUGUAACAUGAAAAAAAGCACAAGUUACAUCUACAUUUAAAAAAUGCUGUGAAUAUUUCUCAUAGCUCCUGUAUGAAGAGUACUGUUACAGUUCUACUUAAAAUACAUAUUGCUAUUUUGUUUUAUUGUUUUUAAUAUGUAAUUUUAUGUGUAUUAUUUUGCCAUAAAUCCAAUAAUUUACAGGUAAUAUAAUAUUGUGAUAUUUUAUGAGGGUAUUAGCUAAUCUAUGAAAUGAGGGAAAAUAGAAUAAAACACUACAUAUUAAAAAGG